CCAAGACAAAAUGGAAGAGGCAGAUCUCGCUCAGUUCAACUUGUCAAUUGUGCUGCCUCUGCAGAAUACAAGCAAGAAGUCACAGCAAUCUCCAAAGGUCAUCGAGAUAAUGACCCUCCCAAAGGAGACCUGCCUAGAUUUGGCCCAGGCAGUACACGAGUCUGCAGAGGGCUACAAUGUAGGAGCAUUCAGCUUCAGGGACGUCGAUUUUGAGAAUGGCAAGGAAGUACCUUCGAAGGACCGUUUAGGCGACAAUGUUGAGGUCGCCAAAGUCCUUGAAAAGCAAAAAUCAGAGGAUAAGAAACUCUUUGUCGUCUUAGAAGAUUACACAGAUAUUGAUCUCAGACAUCACAUUAUAAGGUUCAGAGAAGCCGCUGUUGGCCCUUCAACUGAUACUUCCAACUUGGGUAUCGAAUCUGGAUUGAGUGUAAUCGAUUACGUACAACCACCAUCAGCACAAGAGGAGGCUUCUCUUGACUUGAAGGAUGAUCACCCUUUCCGCCAAUUCGAUGUUAGCGCUCCAAGAGCUCUUUCAAAGCACUUGCCAAAGGAGAGAAAUAAGGAACUCCAACAGUCAGUCAGAGCUUUCUCACUCAGUCAUUGGAACCCACCACCACCACAAUGUCGCUUGAAAGGUCAUGUUCUCUAUCUCCAACUCACGACACUCGAAGGUGAAAUUCUUCACAUCACCGCCACAAAGAAGGGUUUCCAUGUCAACAAGUGCACUUCCUCUCAAUUCGAUGGUAGUCUCAAACCAGCCAAUGAAGUUACUGGUGGUGUCUCACACUCACACUCUCUUUUCGAUUUGACAAGCAAAUUGAGCAAUCUCUACAACACUAAGUUCACUCCUAUCUUUUCAGAUACUCUCAGUCUUGCUAGAGAUCCAUUCGCGAUCGUCCAAAUACCUCAAGCUCUUCCAGCUCAUCCUUGGUUGGUUGGUCGCCCACAGCAUUUGCCUGAUGGACUUCGUACUCAAUCUGCAUACUUGCUCACCGGAAGUACCGCCUUGGAAGGUUUGGAAGGUGCCAGAGAUUGGAACGAUGAGCUGCAAACCACAAAAGAGUCCACUGUAAACACAUACCAUGAUCGUAUCACUAGAGAAAAACUCUUGCAAAAGCUUUACGCAGACUUUUCUUUAGCUGCUGUUAGAGGUGUAAUUGCUGUCAGCCGUGGUGAAGUACCACCACACCAUCAAGACGAAAACGUUUUCGUCCAUGCAAACAUUGUUUACACUUUAGUGGAUGAUGCAAAGGCGGCUAGUAGAGAAAUUACCUAUCACCGCUUCCUCAACACUAUUGACGCCCCAGGUCUGAACGUAUUGGCAAGUAUUACAGUUGAUUACGCUGGUAAGCGCUGGCUUGCACAAUCGAUUAUCCCAGGCCUUCUUAAGAAACAAGAGAGAGAAGCCAAGGGUGAAGAGGUUAAGACUGACACAAACAAGGUCGUCUACGGGAUUGAUGAAGUCAACGGUAAGGGUACCAAAGAAAUCAAGUAUGACAAGACCUUUGCUGAACUCUUAGAACCUGUCUCUCGUGCUCUCCGCUUUGCUAAUAAGAAGGUUAAAGUUGACGGUGAAGAAGUCGAAUUCUCAACUAACUUGAAGGGUUUGAUUGGUGGUGAUGGUAGAAGAUACAUCAUCGAACCAUCAAGAAUGGCAUGCGCUGACUUGGCAUGGAAAGACGGUAAACUUUCUGUCGACAGUCUUGAUGAAAAUGUCGUUAAGAAAGAUGCUCCUGCUUACCCAUACCCUGCUGUUCUCAGACAGGAGGCUAUCGAAGCUUACUCAGAGUAUGAAUUGAGAAAGCGCUCUAGAGACGCCGUAGAGCGCGCUCGUAAUGAGGGUAUCGAAAAGGGUGUCUUCCCUAAACCAACUGAGAAACAGGAAACUAACAGCGAGGAAGAAAGCAAAGAGGAUGUUGUACCACCUCCAAGCAGUGCUGACAUUGAGAAAGCCAUUAACGAAGGAAAGAUUUCUGUUCCACAAAUCGGCACUCUCACUUUCAACCCAGAUAUUGACACUGAUGAGAAUGAUGAGAGCAUCAAGGCGAUCAAGAAUGCUAGCGCUUAUAUCACAGAAACGUUGAUACCGCUCCUCGUUCUUGAUGUAGUUCACGGAAACAAUAUUCCAGCUGAUGGCUCCGCUCUUACAUCUGCUAUGCACCAAAAAGGUGUCAAUAUGAGAUACCUCGGUGCAAUCGUCGAAGCUGCUAAUCAACACCGUAACAAGAAGAGCAUACUUGGUCCAGCAUUUGGUGUUAUUGAUUGCUUCAAAGGUAUCGUUAAGCAAGAAAUGAUCCUCAGAUCUGCCAAACACAUCUUGAGAACAUACAUGAAGGGUACCGACUUCACUGUUUUACAAUCACUUAUUUCACACUUCCUUAAUUGCUUAUUGGGAUCUUCAAUCAACGCUGAUCCAAAAGCUGAAUCACCUAAGGAUGACUUUGGUGAAGAUAUCCUCACUGGGGAUGUCGAGUGGUUCAACCUUACACCUUCAUCAUUGCGCCAAAAGAUUCAAGAGGAAGUCGCGAUUAGAUUCAGAUACUCACUCGAGGACCAAGACUUCGAAAACUUACGUAAAUCACAAAUGCUAAGGGAAUUAGCAUUGCGAGUUGGUUUCCAAUUAGAAUUAAGGGAUUAUAGAUUCGAUGAUGUUGUCGCAAACACGGUAGAGGAGGUUACUCUCGACAACAAUGCAUCAAAGAAAGCAUUGAAGAAAGCAAAGGCAGCCGCUCAAGCUCAAAACAGAGCACUCAGCGGCCUUGAUAGAUCAACAACAUUUGCACCAUCAGAUGUACUCGAAAUUGUUCCACUUGUUAAGGAUUCAGCACCAAGAUCAACAAUUUGCGAUGAUGCAUUUGAACAUGGUAGACUUGCAUUCCAAACUGGUGCUGCAGGAUUUAUUAACCCAGAAGGUCAACAACAAUCUAUUGCUCAGAACAGAGAAGCAGGUUUGGAUUUGAUGUAUGAGGGUGUUAGCCUCUUUGAGCAAAUUUACACUCCACUUCAUGCUGAUGUUGCUAAGGCAUUCAAUGGCUAUGUCGUUUCUAAGCACCAAAUGAUCAGAAGUACUUCAAAGGAAGAAACUGAUGUUGAAGCACACGAACAAUGUUUGAAAUUACAAAGAAACGCUGUUAUUAUCGCUGAACGUACCCUUGGUGUUGAUCACUAUGAAACUCUCAGCUUUGUUCAAAACCUCGCUCAUCUCGAAAUUUCAGCUGGUCACAUUCACUCUUCACUCAAAUACUUCCGUUAUGCCAUUGAUAUUUGGCAAAGUAUUUAUGGUAGUGAUCACCCAGAAAUUAUUCAAAUUUACUCUUCAGUUGGUAACAUUUUCCAACAAGCAAGAAGAUUUGAAGAAAGUUUGAAGAUGUAUGAGAUCGCAAAGGAAUUGGCAUUUAAGAUCUAUGGUGUUUACUCAUUCUUUGGUGCAACUAUGUUAUUAAGAGUCGCAGAACAACAUGUCUGUGUUAACCAGUUGAAGCUUAAGCCAGCCAUCAAUGCAUGUAAGGAAGCCGUCAAGGGUUACGAAGAAGCAGUUGGUAAAGAAUCACAAGAAUACAAAGAUGCAACUGCCUUUUUGAACCAACUCACAGCCGCUGCAGUACACAUUGCUAGAGUAAACAGCGAUCCAGUUCAACAAAAUGCUAGAAAGGUUGUUGAAGCUAGAAUGAAGGAAGCUGAAAAACAGAAAAAAAAUGAUGAGAUUAAGAAGGGUACUACCAACGGAAAGAAAUCAAACGUUGCAAACACCACAACCAACAAUAUUAGCCAGGAUGAUGUAGAUGCAAUGGUCAGAUUCAUUGAAGGAGAAAGCUCAACAAAGAAUUCCAAGAAAAGCAAAAAGAAUAAAAAGUAAUAUUGCAUAGCGCAUACUUUCAUCCACUGACUAUAGACUCACCACUCAAAAACUUUUCCAUGCAUAAAUGUUUCUUAUUU